CUAUUUGAGAAAGAAAGUAACCUAACACUAACUGCAGGCGGGGUCAGAGUGAUGUAACAGGAAGCUCUGAUGUUUCCCUUCUCUGCUGAUCACUUACAAUCUGACAACACGUCCAAUCCACUCAAAACAACUCCUCUUUCCAGCAGUGAGUGUCACCUCCUGCCUUGGGACCGUCAGGCUCCGCUUACUGGACUCUCUCACGCCUGCAGGUCCUAUUGCAAGUUUUCCUUCCUCCCCACCUUGCCUGGGUGUAAAUCUCUGCUGCAGAAUCACAGAAAAUCACAUUUCAUCCUGAGGCUAUUUCACCAAGAAUUUCCUCACGAGCUGUGCUGGGGCCCUACGAUGAUACAUCAACCACUUUUGCUGCCACCUGUCAAAACUUUGGAUGGCCCUACUUUCAGAUCCUUCAGCAUCCUGAGCUCACACAGGACACUACAGUGAACUCCAGGCCUUCGACUGGAUUGCGCUCUUCCACACCUGACCCUGUGGACAGCCACUGUCAUGACCCCUGAUUUUAAGAAAUUCUUCAAGACAAUGUCAGAUAUGACCCAAGAGAAAAUGUGAUUUGAGUCUGGAGACAAUCGUGCAUAUCACCUAAUAAUAAAAAUCCAAGGUAGCUAAGAGAAGAGAAAACCAUAGCCAGAAGAUUUCUACAGCUGCUUCUAGUUUGAUUUACUGACAUUUUAUUUGGGCUGUAAUGAUGGAGAAGAAGUGUAUCCUGUAUUUUCUGUUUCUCCUUCCAUUUUUAAUGGGUCUCACCACAGCAGAACCCGAAGAACACCCUAAUGACACCAUGCACUUGAGGGUGACGCGAAAUAAAAUCAUGACGGCUCAGUACGAAUGUUAUCAGAAAAUCAUGCAAGACCCCCUUCCACAAACAGAAGGCGCUUACUGCAACAGAACUUGGGAUGGCUGGCUCUGCUGGAAUGACGUAGCGGCAGGAACUGAAUCCAUGCAACACUGCCCUGAUUACUUUCAAGAUUUUGAUCCUUCAGAGAAAGUUACAAAAAUCUGUGAUCAAGAUGGAAACUGGUUUAGACACCCAGAAAGCAACAGGACGUGGACAAACUAUACCCAGUGUAAUAUUAACACGCCCGACAAAGUGAAGACUGCACUGAAUUUGUUCUACCUGACUAUAAUUGGACAUGGAUUAUCUAUUGCAUCCCUGGUUAUCUCACUUGGCAUAUUCUUUUACUUCAAGAGCCUAAGUUGCCAAAGGAUUACCCUGCACAAAAAUCUGUUUUUCUCUUUCGUUUGUAACUCCACUGUGACAAUCAUUCACUUCACUGCAGUGGCCAACAACCAGGCCUUGGUGGCCACAAAUCCUGUUAGCUGUAAAGUGUCCCAGUUCAUUCACCUUUACCUUCUGGGCUGUAACUACUUCUGGAUGUUGUGCGAAGGCAUCUACCUGCACACGCUCAUCGUAGUGGCUGUGUUUGCGGAGAAGCAGCACUUGAUGUGGUAUUAUUUCCUUGGCUGGGGAUUUCCACUGAUUCCUGCCUGUAUACAUGCUAUUGCUAGAAGCUUAUAUUACAAUGACAAUUGCUGGAUUAGUUUCGAUACCCAUCUCCUCUACAUUAUCCACGGUCCAAUUUGUGCUGCUUUACUGGUGAAUCUUUUUUUCCUAUUAAAUAUUGUGCGUGUUCUCAUCACUAAGUUAAAAGUCACACACCAGGCCGAAUCCCAUCUCUACAUGAAAGCUGUGAGAGCUACUCUUAUCCUGGUUCCGUUGCUUGGCAUCGAGUUUGUGCUUCUGCCCUGGCGACCUGAAGGAAGGAUUGCUGAGGAGGUGUAUGACUACAUUAUGCACAUUCUCAUGCACUUCCAGGGUCUUUUGGUCUCUACGAUUUUCUGCUUUUUUAAUGGAGAGGUUCAAGCAAUUCUGAGAAGAAACUGGAAUCAAUACAAAAUCCAGUUUGGAAACAGCUUUUCCCACUCAGAUGCGCUCCGCAGCGCUUCUUACACCGUGUCAACAAUCAGCGAUGUUCCGGGCUUUAGUCAUGACUGCCCCAGCGAGCAGCUAAACGGAAAAAGCAUGCAUGAGAUUGACAAUGUUGUCCUCAAACCAGAAAAGUUAUAUGAUUUAGUUAUAUGAAAACGGGGGGGGGGGGUCGUUGUCUAUUUUGUGCCACCCAUAACUCAAGGACUCGGACCCGUGAUUUUAUCGUCAGAAGACUUCAGUAUUAAAUGCAUUUCUUGAAUGCCAGAAAGAAAGACCUCAAGUGAAAUGAGCAUUAUGUUAAUUGUUUAACAGCUAGCUGUAUGUGGGGGAGGGAGGAAGCCCUGAUUUAUGUAUGACAGUAAAUACUCCCACUACAGCUUAUUUCAAAGUCCCAACUUAACACCACUGGAUGCGGGAUUGGGGAUAGAAAAAGCACAAUCAAACCUUGUGAGCUGGUGUGUGUCAGCUCCAGCACAGAUCACAUGAAUUAACCUAUGAAAACAACUAUAAAGGUUCACACACACACACUGGGUAUGACCCUACUUUAGUUAUGUAAGGAGACCUAGCUGAGUCUUAUAGACAUGGAAGGAAAUUUUGAUUUUGGUUUGUGGGCUGUAAAACUCAUUAUCCAAUUUUUAUUGGUGCAACUGGAUUUCAUUUGCCCAAAAAGUACUCUACAUUUUUGUAAUGCUUUCUCAAAUGAAUCAAAGAGUUAAUCAUUCUUAUUAUCUUACUCUUUUCUCUAAAACACAAAAGCAACCGAGCAGAAUUGCGAUGAACUUUGAACUAUAUACUCACUUCCUGAUAUAUCACAAUUAUAUCCUGUGACAAAUCCACUUUUUCAGCUUGGUGAACAGGAUGGAUGAUAUGCAAUCCUAUUUCUGUAUCGUUAGGUAGAUAUCUUGGUUGAUGCUACAAAACACACUGUCAGCUACUUUCCUAUCUUACUGACUACACAAGUGUCAGGUGGAGAAAAUGAGGUUCCCUGUACCUCUAAAUAGAAGCUUUGCCCCUUCCGUUUCUACUGUGUAGACAACUUAACAAUCAUUCUACAUGAAGGAAAGCAAUGAAGGAUUUUUUUUAUUACCUUGGGAGUUUGUAAACAAACAAAAGAUUUUUUGUGAAAAUUAGCUUGUAAAUAU